CAAACACAACAAAACUGGGAUAAGAUUAGAUUUCUAAUCUUGUUCAAAAGACAUUGAUUACGUAUACGAAAUGACAAGCAACAAAAUAGAAAAUAUUCUCGAAGAAGCAAAAAUUGGUUGUGAAAUAUUUGUUUUACAUGUUAUCAUAAUUAUCGCAAUAAGUAAGAGCUACUUAUCGUCGGCAAACUGAGUUGUCAUCCAACUAACAUAUAAGAGCAUAUAUUCAAUUCACCCAUUCAGUCUGCCGUCAAAAGCCAUCCAAAAUGGUUCACAAUCCGAGCCGAUUGUUCCUAUUUGCGGUAGCGCUCGCUGCUUUUGUUGGAGAAUCCCAGGAAGCCAACAUCCUGGGCCUCUUUCCCAGCCAAAUGCCGUCGCACUUGAUCAUCCAGAUGUCGACGGCUAAGGUCCUGGCGGAGCAGGGACACAAUGUGACGGUGGUCACGACACUGAAGCCCGUAGUUACCCAUAAGAAUAUAAACGUGAUCCAAGUACCCCUUAGCAAGAAGGAGGAGCAGCAUUUGAGCGACACAAUCAAAACGAUGUUGCAGAACAACAGUGGCAACAUGGCCUUGUCCCUGCUCCGAACAAUGGACAAAAUGAAUUUCUUGUUCACGGCCAACGCAGAUUUACUGAUGGACGAUCGGGUCAAGCAGUUGUACCUCAAUAAAGACAAUAAAUUCGACCUGGUCCUAUCGGGAUACUUCAUGAACGACUUUCAACUCGGGUUCGCUAAGAAAGUCAACGCACCUGUCAUCGUCGUAGUCACACUGCCUCCCAACCAACUGUUGAACCAUCUGAUCGGAAAUCCCCUGGAGGUUUCCUACGCUCCAGCAUUCAGUGCUCCUUUGGAGAGGGGAAAAGGUUUGACUUUCCACCAACGUUUGGUCGCUUAUGGUACAAGCUUCUUUUUCGGGGUGUAUGCUUACCUUACCGAAAAGCGUAAUCGGAAGCUGUACACGCAAAUUUUUGGAGACGAUCCCAACAUGCCCGAGUACUCUGAACUGCUCAAAAACACAUCAAUGGUGUUCUUUGUGUCCCACGCCCAUAGUGAAGGACCUAUACGACCAAAUGUCCCUGCUGCCAUAGAAAUCGGGGGUAUCCACAUUAAGGACAAGCCGGAUCCCUUGCCCCAAAAUAUGGCUGAAUUUCUGGGUAAUGCCACGGAUGGCGCUAUUCUGUUGUCCUUGGGUUCUAAUGUAAAAGGAACUCACGUAAGUCCAGACACGGUUGAUAAAAUGUUUAAUGUGUUGUCGAAGCUGAAGCAGAGGGUGAUCUGGAAAUGGGAGAAUUUAGAGAAGACCCCGGGACAGUCGGCCAACAUUCUCUACUCCAAGUGGCUGCCUCAGGACGAUAUUCUUGCUCACCCAAACAUUAAGCUUUUCAUCAAUCACGCAGGAAAAGGUGGGAUAACCGAGGCCCAGUACCAUGGAAAACCGAUGCUUUCUUUGCCAAUUUUUGCAGACCAGCCGGGAAACGCUGAUGCUAUGGUCAAAAAGGGGUUUGGCCUUAGCAUGAGUCUUCUCACUUUAGAGGAGCAGACAUUUCACGACACAAUCCUAGAGAUCCUGUCGAAUCAGCAGUAUUCCGAGAAGGUGGCCUCCUUCUCCUCCCUUUACCGGGAUCGCCCGAUGACCGCUAGGGAAUCAGUGGUCUACUGGUCGGAGUACGUCAUUCGUUACCGAGGAGCUGCCCAUCUUCAGAGUCCCGUGGUGCACAUGAGCUUCAUAGCCGCUAAUAACAUCGAUAUUUACGCUUUGCUUGCAGUCCUUUUACUUGCCCUUAUAUUCCUACUAAAGACACUGUUUAAACUGAUCUUCAGUAAGCUGUGUUCAAAGUCGAAAAAGAAGAAGACGCAAUAUUCCGACGAAAUGGUUCUCAAGCCAGGUAUAUUUCUGCUUAUAGCGACCGCCAUCUGUGCUUUAGGUGGUUGCCAUGGUGCCAAUAUUUUGGGUAUAUUUCCCAGCCUUAGUCCCUCGCAUUUGAUCAUCCAAAUGAGCACGGCUAAAGUUCUGGCCGAGAAGGGACACAAUGUGACAGUGGUCACGGUGCUGAAGCCAGUGGUCAACCACAAGAACAUAAAAGUGAUCAUGGUGCCACUGAGCAAAGAGGAGGCCCAGCAAAUGAGUGACACCAUUGCAGCGAUGUCGAAAAAUGACAAUAGCAACAUGAUCCUGUCCAUGCUCCGCAUGACGAAUCAGAUGAGCUUUAUGUUCAAUAAGAUGGCAGAUGCCCUUAAGGACGACAGUGUUCGUGACCUGUACCUUAAUAAGGACAACAAGUUCGACGUGGUUCUCUCUGGAUACUUCAUGAACGACUACCAGCUUGGAUUCGCCAAGAAAGUAAACGCACCUGUCAUCGUCGUGGCCACAAUGCCUCCCAAUCAACUGAUAAACCCAUUGAUCGGAAACCCCCUUGAGGUCGCCUAUGUGCCCUCAAUUACCGAUUCCGUCGAGAAAGGUAAAGGAAUGUCCUUCCGGCAGCGCUUGACAGGUUACGGUUCAAGCGUCUUCUACGGACUUUUCCAUCUAAUUACUGAAAGGCAAAGUAAGAGAUUUUACAAGGAAUUAUUUGGAGAUGAUCCCACGAUGCCCGAGUACUCCGAAAUGCUGAAGAACACCUCGUUGGUUUUCUACGCUUCCCACGCACCCAGUGAGGGUCCAAUUCGACCAAAUGUUCCUGCUGCCAUUGAGAUCGGAGGCAUUCAAGUAAAGGACACCCCGGAUCCCCUGCCCCAGAAUAUGGCCGAAUUUCUGGGUAAUGCCACGGAUGGCGCCAUUCUGUUGUCCUUGGGUUCCAACGUGAAAGGAAGCCACAUAAAACCAGACACGGUAGUGAAGAUGUUCAACGUAUUGUCUAAGCUGAAGCAAAGGGUGAUCUGGAAGUGGGAGGACCUGGAGAAGACUCCUGGAAAGUCUGAUAACAUCCUCUAUUCGAAGUGGCUUCCACAGGACGAUAUUCUGGCACAUCCAAACAUUAAACUUUUCAUUAAUCAUGCCGGAAAGGGUGGCAUAACCGAAGCCCAAUAUCACGGAAAACCUAUGCUGUCCUUGCCAGUAUUUGGAGAUCAGCACGGAAAUGCUGACGCCAUGGUCAAGCAAGGAUUUGGCCUUACCCAGAGUCUUCUCUCCUUAGAGGAGCAGCCGUUCCAAGAGGCCAUCCUAGAGAUCUUAACGAAUCCGCAGUAUUUCAAGAAGGUGUCCUCGUUCUCCUCCCUGUACCGGGAUCGCCCGAUGACCGCUAAGGAAUCAGUGGUCUACUGGACGGAGUACGUCAUCCGGCACCAUGGAGCUGCCCAUCUUCAGAGUCCCGUGGUGCACAUGAGCUUCAUCGCCGCCAAUAAUAUAGAUAUAUAUGUUUUAAUUACAGUUGUUCUGGUAAUUCUAGUGUUGCUGUUCAAAUUGUUAGUGCAAUUUAUUUAUAGAAAAUUCGUAUCGGAGACAAAGAAAGAGAAAAAGCACUAAUAGUACGUUAACUGUUCUAUUUAGCUUAAAAAAAUUA